AUGAGGAUCCUGAAGCAGCUCGGGAGGCUGCAGCUGGCCUUCUUCCACACUCAUCAACCUACUCAGGAUCAGUUUCUGUGCCUUGGGCUACUGCCGCUUGGAGCUACCCUUCAAGAAAGGAUUGCACCCCGGAAUAUCACUUCCAUCUACGCUCUCAUCAGUGCCCGCCUGACAAAGGUGCUUGCUCUGCAUGAGCAGGGCAUCUGCCAUGGUGAUAUCAGCCAUGCAAAUAUUGCUCUAGGAGUGCACCCUGAAGCCUUGCACGAGACCUUCCGAUGGGAUGACAGAUCAUACAUCCAGCUUGUGGAAGUCCCUGGGCCACCACCGCCUCGCCCAGCCAAUCUCCCAGAAUAUAUUGUCUUCCAUCAAUUUCCCCUCCAGACAAACAGAGACGAUCUGUCGCUGCUGGAUAUCAUUGAUUUUGGGAAAGGUCUGUCCGGUGGAUGA